GGCAUCUUGGGGAGUCUUCAAUGUUACCAAUAAAAAUGAACCUCCCUUUGUAAAAAUACCGGCAUCGUCGUCCGGAAGGGCGCGCCGCUAGGAUGAAUUGUUACCGCAUACGGGGCUAGUGGAAGCUAAAAGUCGGUAAGAAUCUGACGACGCUCCACUCGGUACCCUCCUUCACCGGAGGUCCAACAAAAUGAUAAAAUGAUAAACUUGAACCAAGAUCAAAUAUUGUUCGACUUGUGAUUGUUAUCUUUUCCUUGCCGAAAUUACCCUUUUUACUGGUAAAAUCAUCCCUUUACCUAGGUAGCAACCUCGAUUCGUGUUAAAGACUUCUAUAUGGCAAGCCGUGAUAUAGAGUUGGAGUCCAUCGUCCAUCCGACGCCAAGGAUCGGAAUCCCCACGACUUCAGCAGAUAAUGGCCGGGACUCUGAGCAAGGAAGCCCACCACCCGACGGAGAUAGACAGGAAUUCUCCUUGCCCCCUGUCGACGGCGGCAAAGACGCAUGGCUUUUCUUAGCCGCUUGCUGGGCAAUCGAAGCGUUGGUCUGGGGCUUCCCAUUUGCCUUUGGAGUCUUUCAAGACUAUUAUACUACCAAUGAACCCUUUGCAGGGUCGCCCAACGUGGCCGUGAUUGGAACUUGUUCCAUGGGUAUCAUGUACCUAACGGCACCAAUUAUCAUGGGUCUAUGUCGUCUCUUUGGCAAAUGGGCUCGAUGGACGUCUCUACUCGGGCUAUUUAUCAUGUGCCUCUCGCUUGCCUUGAGUUCGUUUUCCACGACUGUCCCACAUCUUAUCGCUACCCAAGGUAUCUUUUAUGCUGUUGGUGGUGGUAUCGCCUACUGCCCCUGUAUCGUGUAUAUGGAUGAGUGGUUUGUGCAGCGUAAAGGCUUAGCCUACGGCAUCAUGUGGUCCGGAACGGGUAUCGCCGGAGUAGUGCUACCUCUCUUCUUAGAAUGGCUUCUGCACUCUUUCGGGUUCAGGACGACGCUCCGACUGUGGGCCGGGGUAUUGUUUGUCUUAACGGCUCCCCUAGCCUUUUACAUCAAGCCACGCUUACCUUACUCGGCCUCGAGCCACAUCAAACCCUUCAACCUAAAGAUGUUUGCGAUGUCCACAUUUUGGCUGUACCAACUCGCAAACGUCGUGGAAGCCACAGGGUUCUUCUUGCCAGGGAUUUAUCUUCCGGCUUAUGCUCGCAGCGCCUUUGGCGCCGCAUCAUACAGUUCAGCCACCACCGUUCUUCUGGUCAAUGUCGCUUCUGUGUUUGGGUGCGUGGCUAUGGGCUGGUUCAUUGACCGAUUACAUGUCACCACCUGUAUACUGCUAUCAACGAUCGGCGCAACAGUCGGGGCUUUGGUUAUAUGGGGGUUGUCGCCAUCUCUCCCACUAUUAUACUUCUUCUGUGUUAUGUACGGCUUGUUUGCUGGAAGUUAUAGUUCUGCAUGGCCUGGCAUCAUGACCGAUGUGGUUCGAAAGGCAGAAGCAUCAGGACAGGGCUACAUCGACCCUAGCGCGGUGUUUGGGUGGCUUGCUGCGGGUCGAGGUAUUGGUAAUGUGAUCUCGGGUCCGUUGAGUGGCACUCUGGUACAAACCCUAUCAUGGAAAGGAGACACUGCAGCAUACGGCUAUGGGAGUGGUUAUGGCAGCCUCAUCAUAUUUACCGGUGUGACAGCUUUGCUAGGGGGCGCGAGCUUCCUCUGGAGACGAAUGGGCAUUUUGUGAAGUUGGCCAAUGUCUUGACAGACGAAAUAUAUUAAACGGGUACAACCUUUUUCAUAUGCAAAGCACCUUGUAGGGCAAUAGGGCGUUAUUUUGUGCAGGGUUGAUGUUUGACAAGAAAAGGAAAGGAAAUAAAAAGCAAGAAUAGUCGGUAUCUAGGUUAGGGUAGGACCGGUAGGUAUUUACAAAGAGCCUGAUACACCAUGUAUAUGUGCUUAUUGAUAAGAUAUUACUAGUACUAGGUAGUACAUGUAGUACUGUAGUACUGUAGUACCUAGGUUAGAGUAUCAAACUUUACAUAAUAUCACCGGAAUCACUGGAA